GGUAAUAGUAUAAUAGUAUCCGUUACAGUUGUUAUUGUUACUAUUAGUAGUAGUAUUUUAUACUUAGUUGACGUGUAUAUUUAUUGUAAUUUUUAUUUCAUUACUCAGUAGUUAAUAUCUUAUAUCCAGUGUAAAUUUCAAUUUCAAAUCAUAUAGUGAACUAUAAAUUAAAUAAUAUAACAAUAGGUAUUAUGUCUUCUAAAAAAACUUUUUUCAGUUUAAACACACUAAAACAGUUUGAUGCUUUUGCCAAGCCACUCGAAGAAGUACAAAUUAAAACAGUUUGGGGAGGAGUUGUUUCCCUAGUGUGCUUCCUUACUAUUGGAUUUUUGAUGAUGUCUAAUUUAUUUGAAUACCUUGAUACUACACCUACUGAAGAACUUUUUGUUGAUACAUCUCGUAAUAAAAAAUUGCAAAUAAAUUUGGAUAUUAUCGUUCCUAGAAUAUCUUGUGAUUAUUUAUCCUUGGAUGCAGUUGAUAGUUCAGGUGAACAGCAUUUACAUAUUGACCAUAAUAUUUAUAAAAGACGGCUUGAUUUGAAUGGAAAACCAAUUAGCGAUCCCAAGAAAGCAGAUGGUGUAGGCAGUAAAGAAGUCAAUAAGGCUUUGAGUAACAAACAUUCUCAAACUAAUGUCUCUGAUGUAGUUGCACCUAGUUGUGGCAGUUGCUAUGGAGCCGAAUCCUCUAGUAUCUUAUGCUGUAACACUUGUGAUGAUGUAAGAAGAGCUUAUAAAUUAAAAAGCUGGGACUUUAACCCUUCUGUAAUUGAACAAUGUAAAAAUCAGAAUUCAAAUUCAAGUUCUGAAAAUGCAUUUAAAGAAGGUUGUCAAAUAUUUGGUACACUUCAAGUGAAUAGAGUUGGAGGAAGUUUUCAUAUAGCUCCAGGAACGAGUUUUUCCAUCAAUAAUAUGCACGUACACGAUGUACAUCCCUAUUCAUCAUCGUCUUUCAAUACAACUCAUAUAAUUAGACAUUUGUCAUUUGGUCAAAAAGUAGAAUCAAUUCCAGGCCAUGGUGGAAAUCCAUUAGAUUCUUCUGAAACUAUGGCUUUUGAAGGUGGGACUAUGUUUCAAUAUUACCUAAAAAUAGUUCCUACACUUUACCAAAGAAAGGAUAAGACUGUAUUUUCUACAAAUCAGUUUUCUGUGACCAAACACAAUAAAAUAAUAUCAUUGGAAAGAGGUACAUCUGGUAUGCCUGGUGUAUUCUUUAGUUAUGAGUUAUCACCUAUUAUGGUCAAAUUUACUGAAAGGCAAAGAUUGUUGGGACAUUUAAUAACUCAAUUUUUAUGCAACAUCAGUGGAGUAUUUAUUUGUUUUUGGAUGAUUGAUAUAUUGAUGUAUAAACUAUCGAAAAUGUAUAACUUAAGCACGAAUAAUUUACCAAAAACAUCAAAAUAAAACAUCACAGCUUUAUAUAUAAGAAAUUUCCAUUACUUUUAAUUGUCAGAAAUUA